ACGGCUCCCACGGGAGCAUCACGUUUCAAAAUUGAUGAUCCGUGAGGCACACAGAGCUGUGGGACACGAAGGGAGAGAUCAUACGCUGUGGCGUGUGAGGGAUAAGUACUGGGUUAUUGGCGCGGGGCGAGAGAUCAGGAAGAUGCUGCGUGGGUGCACGGUGUGUAGGAAGGUGAAUGGCCGGCCGCUCGGGCAGCUGAUGGCGGACCUGCCAGACGAACGCGUCGUUCCGGGCGUUGGGGCGUUCGAGAAGAUCUCGUGUGACGUUUUCGGUCCUAUCCCUGUGAAGAGUGGCCGGACAGAACGUAAGUGUUGGGCGCUGUUGUGUACCUGCAUGACGACUCGAGGGGUACAUAUAGAGCUGCUGGAGUCGCUCAGCACUGAUUCGUUGGUCAAUGCUAUACGCCGUGUAGCAGCUCGCCGCGGAGAAAUCCGCCAAGUGAGAUCUGAUAAUGGGACCAACAUGUGCGGAGCGGACAGGGAGCUUCGCGAGGCCCUGUUAGAGCUUGAUCCCGAGGAGUUGCAACGGGCAGCCCGACCGCACGGAAUUGACUGGGUGUUCAAUCCGCCACACGGUUCUCACUUUUCUGGGUCCGUAGAGCGUCAGAUUAGGAGUGUCCGAAAAAUUUGGAGGUCUAUGCCUGUCACUCGUCUGUUGGAUCGUGAAGCGCUGUACACACUGCUCUGUGAAAUAGAAUCAAUCCUGAACAGCAGGCCGCUCACGUUUGUUACCACCAGUGACAGUAACGUUGAGCCAAUUACCCCGAAUCACUUACUUCUCUUGCGUGCGUCUGUUCAUCCUGUUCCUGGUGUGUUCGGUGAGUCCGAGUCGUUCUCGAGGCGCCGUUGGAGGUACGUGCAGUACUUGGCUGAGCAGUUUUGGGUGAGAUGGAAGAGAGAAUAUUUGCCUGCGCUCCAGGCUAGGCAAAGAUGGAGACAUGGUGCGAGAAAUCUCCAGGUAGGAGAUAUUGUACUGCUUGUCGAGCCAGGUGCUCCCCGAGGUACUUGGCCACUUGCCAGGGUAGUUGAGACGAGACCCAGUCGGGACGGCCGUGUUCGAAAGGCCUUAGUUAAGACCAGUGUAUCGACUUACCUCCGACCUAUCCAUAAGAUGGUUUUAGUUCUUGCUGAGGCCGAUUUGGAGUGGUGAGUGUUUCGCGGCCGCCAAGGUGUGCAGCUCUGAUGGUGUUCCUGUUUAUAUGUGUUAGCUUGUAAGGCUACUACAGGCGGCGUCGAGACGUUGCGAGCGUAACUUAGUGUUGCGUAUCGAUGUAUUCUGUCAUGUCUUGUUGUUCCCAUGUAUUUAUCGUGGCAGCGCUCGAGUUUUUUUUCUUCUUCAGCCGUAUGCUGAAGGGGGGAGUGUAGGCGCUGCUCGUACGUCUGCUCGACUCAGCUGCUCGGUGCGCGGUUAGGUCGACAGUAGCGCCCCCGGUGGCCCUCCUGCUUGCGUAGCUCGGCAAUAGAUGGCACCGCCGGCUAGUGGCAGUACAUGUGUAUGUGUGUCAGUACUAGCGCAGUAUAGUGAUGGCAGUAUUGAACUUUCGGUUGGCGUUUGUUUUUUUUGAUUGUCGUCAUUGGCUUAAGAUAUCUUGGCAUAUUAUGUGUCGUGACCCUCAUUUAUUAUAUGUGGCGAUUUGGUAUACCUGUCUUUCGGUUUCUAUUGGCAUUUUUAUUCAUUGGCGAUUAGAGGUGAUGUAGUUGUGGUACGCUUAGUGAUGUUCAUUUCGGUUUCUGCGUUGAGUUGGACGUGUGGCGCGGCGUGCCCUGUAAGUGAAAUGGUUUGUAUGGAUAAAAUUGUAUGCCAUGAUUGUAAUGUUUCGCAUAAUUUCUAAUAAUUACCGUUUUGCUGGUUUUUACGUGGUCAGCUCUGUUACAGUUUUGGCUCUUACCUGUACCAUUUAGACGGAUUUGUUUCGUUUCUUUGUCACUGUUACGCCACAUUUGUAAAUGGGGUGUCGCAUGCAGGUUGCGCCCGGUUUUUGGUGCGAAUCAUCCGUGGCGCCUGCUUCUGUUGGUGGCGCCUGCUUCUGUUGGUGGCUCCGGUUGGUGCGGCGCUCGACGUACUGGUGGCGCCGUUGGUGAGGCGUUCGGCGCGCUGGUGGCGCCUGUCUGGUGUGGCGCCCGACGCCUCGACAGCGCCUGUUUGGUGUGGCGCGCCCGGUCACGUACUUUGGCGCCUGGUUUUGGUGGCGCUCGAGCACUGUGCUCACUUUGGCUGCCGUCUACAUCCUGCCGAGAGUCACUCCGAUGAAACCGUGCUCAUGCACAUGCGCUGUUACAAUACAGCGUGGUAAUCA